AUGCUUUGGGCGGCUUCCCUUGGUUCAGCUGUGGCAUUGGCAGCCCUUGCCAGUGCCCAGCAUGAUGGCGACCACUCCCCUCCAAGCUACCCUUCGCCGUGGAUGCGAGGUGGAAAUGGCUGGCAAGAUGCCUAUAUCAAAGCAAAGGACUUUGUGAGCCAGCUUACCUUGUUGGAGAAGGUCAAUCUGACAACUGGCGUUGGAUGGGAAGGAGAAGCUUGUGUCGGCAACACUGGAUCCAUCCCUCGUCUGAAUUUCCGAGGUCUCUGCCUUCAAGACGGUCCUCUUGGGAUCCGCUUUGCGGACCAAAACUCUGCGUUUCCGGCAGGCGUCAAUGCAGCUGCGACAUGGACUACCCGCCUAUUCAAGACUCGCGGGAAUGCAAUGGGAUCGGAACAUCGUGGCAAGGGUAUUGAUGCACAACUUGGACCCGUCGCGGGUGGUCUUGGUCGAGUCCCUGCAGGCGGACGGAACUGGGAAGGCUUCAGCCCUGACCCGGUUUUAACGGGAGUAGCCAUGGCAGAAACGAUCAAAGGCAUUCAAGAUGCUAAUGUUAUUGCCACUGCAAAGCAUUUCAUCAUGAAUGAGCAAGAGUUCAAUCGCGAGGCUUUAAGCGAUGGAACACCUGCUUACUCGGCCAAUAUCGACGAUAAGACCAUGCAUGAGCUCUACUUAUGGCCUUUUGCAGAUGCUGUUCGUGCUGGUGUCGGUUCCAUCAUGUGCUCCUACAACCGCAUUAACAACAGCUAUGGUUCAGAGAAUAGCUACACCCUUAACCACUUACUCAAGAAUGAAUUGGACUUCCAAGGAUUCGUUAUGAGUGAUUGGUGGGCUCAACAUUCCGGUGUCGCGUCGGCUUUUGCUGGCCUCGACAUGUCAAUGGCUGGAGACCAAAAUUUGGGCUCGGGCAACACACAUUGGGGAUUCCAUCUUACGGAGGCCGUCCUCAAUGGCACGAUCCCGCAGUGGAGACUUGACGAUAUGGUUGUGCGGAUUAUGGCAGCAUACUACAAAGUAGGUAGAGAUACCGCUAGAGUUGAUGUUAAUUUCAAUUCUUGGACCAAAGAGACGUUCGGUUACCGUCAUGCAGGAGCCAAGGAAGGUUACGAACAAGUCAACUUCCACGUCAACGUCCAAGGUGACCAUGCCCGUCUCAUCCGAGAAAUUGGCGGGGCUUCUACAGUCCUGCUGAAGAACACCAACAACGCCCUCCCUCUCAAAAAGCCAAGCAGCAUUGCUGUGAUCGGUGAGGACGCUCAUGACAGUCCCGACGGCCCCAAUGGAUGCGAUGACCGAGGAUGCGACAAGGGAACGCUUGCAAUGGGAUGGGGCAGUGGAACAGCAAACUUCCCAUACUUGAUCGCCCCCGUCACCGCACUUAAGGCGCAAGCCGCAAGGGACAAGACAAAAUUCACAAACGUUAGCGACAACUAUGAUCUUUCCGCUGUUACGGCCGCUGUUACUGGUGCGGAGGCAGCAAUCGUCUUCGGCAACGCAGAUUCAGGGGAAGCUUAUAUCACCGUCGAUGGUAACCAGGGAGACCGCAAAAAUUUGACACUUUGGGGUGAUGCUGAUGCACUUAUUGCACACGUUGCAUCAAUCAACCCGAAUACUAUCGUUGUUCUUCACACCGUCGGACCAGUUAUCGUUGAGGCUCUCAAGAACAACCCCAACGUAACUGCAAUUCUCUGGGCCGGUCUGCCAGGCCAAGAAUCCGGCAACGCCAUUACCGAUAUUCUAUAUGGCGCCCGCAACCCAUCCGCAAAAUCGGUCUUCACCUGGGGCAAGAAGCGCGAGGAUUGGGGCGUAGACGUAGUUUACAAGAAAACCUCCGACAACCCCCAAUUGAACUUCAAUGAAGGCGUCUUCAUCGACUACCGCCACUUCGACGCUAAUGAAAUUGAGCCCUCGUAUGAGUUCGGCUUCGGUCUCUCAUACACCAACUACAGCUACUCCAACCUCCAGAUCGAAAAGAAAAGCCCAGGGCCAUACGAGCCAACUCUGGGCAAGACGGAACCUGCGCCCACAUUCGGCACCAUUGAUAUGGACCCGGCAAAUGCCCAAUUCCCACCGGGAUUCCAUAUUGUUAAUAAAUACAUCUAUCCCUUCCUCAAUGGAACAGCCAUCCCCACUGGUCUCCCCCAGACCUUCCCCAAGGGAGCAAACGACAGCUCAUCCCAGCCCAAGCUAGGAGCUGGUGGAUCGGGUGGCGGAAAUCGCCAACUGUAUGAUGUAAUGUAUACAGUCACUGCAACUGUCACUAACACUGGCGCUGUCAAAGGAACCGAGAUUCCUCAACUCUACAUCUCCCUCGGCGCCCCCACUGAUCCUAAAGUCGUCCUCCGAGGCUUCGACGACCUCAUCCUCGACCCUAAGGAGUCCCGAACCUUCAAAUACGAUAUCACCCGCAGAGAUAUCAGUAACUGGGAUACCGCCAGCCAGAACUGGGUUAUCAGCGAGUUCCCCAAGACCGUGUAUGUCGGUGCUAGCUCGAGGAAUCUACCUUUGAGCGGGAAGCUGAGUUAG